AUGUCUGUUGCUGUACAUACUAAUUUGGCUUCUGUCACAUCACCAGAGAGGCUGGCUGUACUGGGGGCUGGGCGUAAACUUCUUGUGUGUAUUCGUCUGGAUGGGUACACACCAGUGUGUGUAUGCGUGUGUAUUUGUGUCCGCUCGGUGUGGAAGAUAGAAGGGGAAGCAGGCGAAGAGAUAAACCGACCUACUUACAUACGCAAUGCUGCAUGGGCUUGGACUCCCGACAGCAGAGACAGGGAUACAACUAUACAGACAGACAGACAGACAGACAUACACACAAACACACGAGACAGAAAAUCUGGACCAGUCGGGCAACAACUUGAGCUCUGCCUCGAGCCCACUCCACUGCCGGACACAACCUCGUCCGGCGAAGAAGCGACUGUCUGCGUCGUCAAGUUGAUGUGUCCGAGAAAGCUGGUGAAGGUCGCCUUCCAGCGCCAGCAUUCACACGAACCGGAACUGCGUUAUUGGCUGGGCGCAGAAGAGGAAGUGAAAGCAACAACUUUGGCACCGGUUUGGGCAAAAAGUGGACUUGCUCCAAACUGUUGGUGGUGA